CGCGGAGUGUAGGAAACCGGACGCCAAAUCUGUCCCCGCGCAGACGCCGCCCGGCGCAGAGCGGAGUGGCCGCCCUCCCUGAGGCGCGCCUGCGCACGUCCUCACGCACGCUCCGGCGUACGGCGGCGGCCGGGGGUCGCGAGCCGGUGGAGGAUCCGCGCGCGGAGGAGCCCGGGGAGUCAACUCUUCUUCCCUCCCUUCCCCAUUCCCCUCCCCGCUCCCUCCCCCCUCCCCAAGAAUGUUCCGCUACGAGUCUUUGGAGGAUUGUCCUCUGGAUGAAGAUGAGGAUGCAUUUCAAGGCCUGGGAGAGGAAGAUGAAGAAAUUGAUCAAUUCAAUGAGGAUACAUUUGGGUCAGGUGCAGUUGAUGAUGAUUGGCAGGAGGCACAUGAGCGACUGGCAGAAUUGGAAGAGAAACUGCCGGCAGCAGUCAAUGAACAAACAGGCAAUGGAGAAAGGGAUGAGAUGGACUUGUUGGGUGACCAUGAGGAAAAUCUGGCAGAAAGGCUCAGUAAGAUGGUGAUUGAAAAUGAACUAGAAGAUCCAGCCAUCAUGAGGGCAGUGCAGACCAGGCCAGUUUUGCAACCCCAACCAGGAAGUCUCAAUUCCAGCAUCUGGGAUGGAUCUGAAGUUCUGAGGCGAAUCCGAGGACCAUUGCUUGCUCAGGAAAUGCCUACAGUGUCUGUAUUAGAAUAUGCCUUGCCUCAGAGGCCCCCACAGGGCCCAGAAGAUGAUCGGGACCUUUCCGAGCGUGCAUUACCAAGGCGGUCAACUUCACCUAUCAUUGGCAGCCCUCCUGUUAGAGCUGUCCCCAUAGGCACCCCACCUAAGCAGAUGGCUGUACCCAGCUUCAACCAACAGAUUCUGUGUCCGAAGCCUGUCCAUGUUCGGCCCCCAAUGCCACCACGUUAUCCUGCUCCCUAUGGUGAGAGGAUGUCUCCAAACCAGCUCUGCAAUGUCCCGAACUCUUCCCUACUGGGUCACCCUUUCCCUCCUAGUGUUCCUCCUGUUCUCAGCCCCCUCCAGAGAGCACAGCUUCUUGGAGGAGCACAGCUACAGCCUGGACGGAUGUCUCCCAGCCAGUUUGCACGGGUCCCUGGAUUUGUUGGUAGUCCGCUUGCUGCCAUGAAUCCCAAGCUGCUGCAAGGGCGAGUUGGGCAGAUGCUUCCCCCAGCACCAGGCUUCCGUGCCUUCUUUAGUGCUCCACCUCCUGCUACACCACCUCCUCCACAGCAGCACCCCCCUGGCCCAGGACCUCUUGUGCAAAACUUACGAUCUCAGGCCCCAAUGUUUAGAGCAGACACCACUCAUCUUCAUCCACAGCACCGUCGACUUUUGCAUCAGAGACAGCAACAGAAUAGAAAUCAGCAUCGGAAUCUCAAUGGUGCAGGAGAUAGAGGAAGUCACCGGAGCAGUCACCAAGAUCAUCUCCGGAAGGAUCCGUAUGCCAAUCUCAUGUUGCAGCGAGAAAAGGACUGGGUCGCCAAAAUCCAGAUGAUGCAACUGCAAAGCACUGAUCCCUACCUGGAUGAUUUUUAUUAUCAGAAUUACUUUGAAAAACUGGAGAAACUGUCAGCUGCUGAAGAAUUACAAGGUGAUGGUCCUAAAAAGGAGCGCACCAAGCUCAUUACCCCUCAGGUGGCCAAACUGGAGCACGCCUAUAAGCCAGUGCAGUUCGAGGGCUCUUUGGGAAAGCUUACCGUCUCUAGUGUGAAUAAUCCCCGGAAGAUGAUUGAUGCGGUUGUGCCAUCUCGGAGUGAGGAUGAUGAAACAAAAGAAAAACAGGUUCGGGACAAGAGACGAAAAACCCUUGUCACAAUUGAGAAAACCUACAGUUUGCUCCUGGAUGUGGAAGAUUAUGAAAGGCGUUACCUCCUAAGUCUAGAAGAAGAGCGACCUGCCCUGAUGGAUGAAAGAAAGCACAAAAUUUGCAGCAUGUAUGACAACUUAAGGGGAAAAUUACCUGGACAAGAGAGUAUCUGGAACAGAAUCUUGCUAAUGUUAGCAUUUUUCUUCCCCUGCAGGCCAAGUGAUGACCUCUUUGUACAGAUCAUGUGUAUCCGAAAAGGGAAGAGAAUGGUUGCCCGCAUUCUCCCUUUCCUCUCCACAGAGCAAGCAGCUGACAUUCUCAUGACAACAGCCAGGAACCUCCCAUUCCUUAUCAAGAAGGAUGCACAAGAUGAGGUGCUGCCGUGCUUAUUGAGUCCCUUUUCCCUCCUCCUCUAUCAUCUUCCGUCAGUGACUGUCACCAGCCUUCUGCAACAGCUAAUGAACCUACCUCAGAGUGCAGCUGCACCAGCACCUUCUAAUCCUCACCUCACUGCUGUUCUCCAGAACAAGUUUGGCCUGUCACUGCUCCUUGUUGUCCUGAGCCGUGGGGAAGACCUACAGAGUUCAGACCCUGCUACAGAAUCAACAGAAAACAACCAGUGGAUGCAAGUGAUGUUCAUGGCAACCCGAGAACUUCUGAGGAUUCCCCAAGCAGCCCUAGCCAAGCCAAUCUCUAUCCCCACAAACCUAGUAUCCCUCUUUUCUCGCUAUGUUGACCGACAGAAACUGAAUUUGCUGGAGACAAAACUGCAGCUAGUUCAGGGGAUACGAUAAAAGAUCUGCACAUGUGUCCUGUACCUCUUUUUGGCUGUCACCUGCACUGCUGCCAUCACCAAUGGAGUGUUUGUAAUGAGGGAGGGGAGGUAGCUCAUUCCUCAGAGCAUCUUAUGUGGCCAAGUCCUGUUCACAAGGAUUGUCUCUAAAUGCCAGGUGUUUCCCCACUGCUCUGUGACGUUCGGCUGAGUGAUACUUCUGCUGGUUUCUUCUUACCUUCUCUGUUACAAUUCUGCAUGUCCUACUUUUACUCAAUUCUUCUCAAUUUUGCAUUUUCUUUGCUCUAGAGACACAAAUAUAAUCUCUCCCUUUAUCCCACCACUAUUCCAUUUCAGAGUAGAUUAUAGCCUGCCAAAGGAUCCCUCCCCGCAUCUUAUUGAAGUCUUUUUCAUUGCCCCAUAUUAAUAUGACUAUAGGAGAACCAAUUAAGUAGAAAUUAAUAUACAUGUGUGUGUACACACACCCCUCCACAUGUGUUUCUGUGGUCUCCAGAGGAUCCUUAAAGAAUGAGUUUUAGAGGGAGAAAUAUUCAGUUGACAUCCCUCCUCUAAACACAAACUAGCUGAUAUAUUCUUAAUCUGUUUCUAGACCUUAUAAUUAAUUUGGUGAGUUCCCCUUGUUUUAAUAUAAAUACAGAAUAUCCCAGCAUAUGAAUAAAAUCAGAACUCAAUUGGCUAACACCCAGCUCUAGACUGAGAAGUCCUUUUUUUCUUCCCCACUUGAGUUUCCUUUGUUUCUGUUCACCUGAAUGGAAACAGCAUACGGUUUAAGCCUUUAUCCUGCUACAGCGACAGUGUACUUGAGCCUGUCCUCCCAAGUGUGUGGAAGAUUGCCCAAGGUGAUUCUAACUUAGAGCCUGCUUCCACAGUGUAGCUUUUGUCUUCCUGAGACUACUUCAGUAAGCCAUGCUUUUACCUCUCUCUUCCCCAUUUUUAUUUGGUGUCCUGGAUAGAAACCUCCAAAUGUAACCAUGGAAGCUAAGUUGGGCUUGCUUUGUUCUUCAUUCUCCAUGCCAUGGGCAGAACUGCUGUCCUUGCUGCUUCAUCUCACUCAGGUCCCAUCCCAGGACCUAGACAUGAAUCCUAGCAAGGACAGCCUUCCGUUACCUUUUCACUUGUCCCUCUCCCAUUCAGCAGUCAACCAGGAUAAGAGGUUUUGUUCCAUGGUGAUUAUAGCCCUCAAGAAAAAUCUGAAUCCAUUUUAAAUGUACUUUUUGUUGUUCUCACCUUUCGAAUGUAGUGGGGAAAGACAAGUUGUGAUGUUUAAAGAGAAUAAACAUUUUGCACAUAACAUGUAUUGUACAACAGUAAAAUCCUCCAUUAUAACCAGUUGUCCUUGUCUCCAUCUCCAUUUCUUCUCAUUCUGUAGCCCCAGGCUCCACCAGCUGUUCCCAGUGACAUUACUGGCUUCCCUCUGCCAUUAUCAACUGACUUAUUUCCACUGGGCACCUUUCCUGCCUUUUCACUUCACAACCGAUCAAGUGAAUACUUGAUUAGUAUUUCUUCUCUGUGCUUUUUUGUUUGGUUCUAAUAAAGAUUAAAGUUUCUAAAUUUACAUUUUUAUAGGGAAUUGUAAAUAAAUACAAAUUGUAUACUUGAAAAAA